UCUUUCUCUCUCCCUUUCGUCUACUUCCCUCCCAUCCUCGAUUCUUUCUCUGCCUAGCUAGCCUCUCUCUCUCCCCCCGGCUCCUACCUAAACUAACCAGAAGGCAGGCAGAGAUAGAGAGAGAGAGAGGAGGGAGACGCAGAGCAGUCGAGCUGGCCAUGGAGCCUGGCCCCGACGCGCCAGGCGGCGGGGGGACGACGAGCGCGCCGGCGGAGGCCGGGCCGUCGUCGACGUCGUCCUCUGCCGCCGCCAAGGCCGCGUCGUCGAGCCGGCAGGCAGAGCAGGAAGCGCCGCAGCAAGAGGGAGCGCAGAGGCAACAGCCGGCAGGAGGAGGAGGAGGAGCGGCAGUGGCUCAGCAGGAAGCGCCGCCCGCGCAGGCCCAUGCCCAGCCGCAGCCGCUGGCGCAGCAGCCGCCGCCGCCGCCGCCCGCUGGGCUCAGCCGGUACGAGUCGCAGAAGCGACGCGACUGGAACACGUUCCUGCAGUACCUGCGCAACCACAAGCCGCCGCUGACGCUGGCACGUUGCAGCGGCGCGCACGUCAUCGAGUUCCUCCGUUACCUCGACCAGUUCGGCAAGACCAAGGUCCACGCCGAGGGCUGCGCCUACUUCGGCCAGCCCAACCCGCCGGCGCCCUGCGCGUGCCCGCUGCGCCAGGCCUGGGGCAGCCUCGACGCGCUCAUCGGCCGCCUCCGCGCCGCGUACGAGGAGUUCGGCGGCCGCCCCGAGUCCAACCCCUUCGCCGCCCGCGCCGUGCGCAUCUACCUCCGCGAGGUGCGGGAGGCGCAGGCCAAGGCGCGCGGCAUCCCCUACGAGAAGAAGAAGCGCAAGCGCGGGAGCGCCGCCGCCGCCCCUCCCGUCGCGCCGCCUCCUGUUGUGACCGCAGAGGGCGCAGGGACGUCAGGAGGCGCCGGCGAGGAGGAGGAGGACGACGAACCGUCGCCGUCCGGUGAACCACAACGGACCACCACACCGCCAUCCUCGGCUCCUCCUCCUACAAGUGCUUCCAGUGCUAGUGCAACUAGCACCAGUGCGGCUGCGACGACGACGACAAGAAAGGAGGCAGAAGGAUCCGCGCCGAGUUCGUGAUAAGUGUAGAUCAUCUACCCUUUUGAUUCCAUCACCUCGAUCCCAAUUCUAAUCCCACCUCCAUCUUAAAAUUUUUAGUUGCUUAUUACUAUUAUGGUUAUUGUUUGUUGGUAUAAAAGAGGUCUAAGGGAAUUUGUAGGAUCAUGUUAGGAGCUGGUACAUAUAUAAGAAAACAUAUCAGUUAACUUCAAGAAAAUUUAAUUUGCAGGACGUAGAGAAAGAUAACCUUCUCUGCUCUAUCUCAGAUAUAUAUGAUGUCUUUAUUUCUUCAUCUA